UACAAGCUGAAGAGUUGCUGCUUUAGUAGCAGGGGAUGAACUCUAUCCACAGAAGCAUUUAUUCACUUCUUGAAAGCUCAUUUAAAAUUUGCUUUUUGGGAGGUUUUUGAGCAGCUCCCCUUUAAAUGGACCCUAAUAAGGAAGAGCACAGACUCUGCAAUGAACGGAGCUGGGUUCCGAGUCCUUCCCUGGCUGUACAGAGUUGAUUCAGGGUGUCACUGCCCAGAGCGUCAGUGUUCCCGCCUGCGACAUGGAGAUGAUUGUCUUCCAGGAAUCCACUGCAAUGGAUUGGUGGAAAGACAAUUUCUGGAUCAUCUUAGCUGUGGCCAUCAUCAUAGUCUCUUUGGUCCUGGGUCUCAUCAUGUGCUGUGUCUGUAGGUGGCUGUUCAGACGAGGUAGCAAGAAAUUGAGAAUUGCUAAGCCCUUGAAACAGAAACCAAAAGAUGAAGAAAUUAUGUAUGAGAAUGUUCUCGAUCAAUCAUCAGCUCAAUUACCCCCUUUGCCACCCAGGGAUUUUCUUCCUGAACAAGAUGCCUCCCCACAGGAAACUGAAAGUGUGCCGCCAGCAACAUACUCAUUGGUAAAUAAAGUUAGAAAUAAGGAGACAGUUUCCAUCCCGAGCUACAUCGAGCCUGAAUGUGACUAUGAUGACGUAGAAAUCCCUGCAGAUAUGGAAAACCAUCAUUUUAAAACAACCAUUUCUUCUUUUUGGCAAGCUGAAGAGGGUUCACAUUGCUUAUUUUAAAACCAUCAGGAAUGGCUGAACUUUCACGUGUCCAGUCCCGAAAGCAGUGGUAAUGUUAUGGGGCCAUAUAAGAUAAGCACUUCUGAACCUUAGAUAAAGAAGCUUUAGUGAUCACAUGAUGGCAGCCAGAGAAAGAUGCAACCUCCCAGCCCUGAAGACCAGGAGGGGUCAGGCCUUGAAUUUCUGCUGAGCAAGUUUCCUCGGGAAGGACCGCUGAGCUUCAAGGCUCCUGCCCAGAGAAAGCACCCUGUUCUCGGCACUCUUCCCUCUUUUCUUCUCUUCUUUGUUUUAAGAGAGCUUAAAGCUUGGUGUUUGAUUGUGCAGAGGCUUCUGGGCUCCCAUCCCCAGCACCAUGGCUGGGAGCACAAGGUCUUGUCCCCAGCAGCCCUGCCCACCUCCUGUGUAGUGUCUUCAGGUGGCAGUAGCAGCUGAGCACUCUUGUGUGCAAAUCACCCCGUCAGCCUUGUGAGUUCUUCAAGGGUGGGGAGUGCUUUCUUUUCUUGUGAACCCUUCCCACCUACACACACUUCACGCCCCAGUGCCUGUCUGUGACUUUGGUCAGGCUGACCAUAGAGUUCAAGGUCCCACCCAGGUUUUUUUCUGUGCUUCCCAGUUGCACCAAAACAACCGACAGAGGACAGAUGUUAUACAUAUAAGUGUCAUUUUGCAAUAUGUGUGUUGGGCUACAGGAAAAGUAGGUUUUCCCAGGAAAAAUCAUGGGAGACAGGAAGAAAGAGGUGAUUAAAUGGCAGAUUCAAGAUGAGAGUUCAGGGACUUAAGGACUUCCUGCAUAAUUUUCAUUACUGCUUCCUCCCUAUAUAAAGCCAAGGCCCUUCCCUCCAGAUCCCUGUCCUGGAGCAUCUGGGAGGCAGAAUCUCCCGUAUGAAGUGCUGCAGCUAAUGAGAUGCCAGGGGAGUGGGCUGCUGUCCUGCUAAACAAGUGCCCUAGUGUGGUCACUGAGCCUUAAGUCAACUUUUGUAGCCUCUUGAACCUCAUCAGUUCUUUUGAGUUGAUCCACUAGAACUCCAAGACUUGACACUUUCUAACCAGACUCACAAGAUGUGGAUUUCUCAGCAAUCCCUGUAAAGGCAGCUGAUGACCAGGGAGAGCACAUAAGCUGUAAAAAGGCUUGGAAUGACUGCGGGGCUGAGCUCUUCUUCAAGAGAUGUCAAGCUUCCUCCCCCCACCAAUGCUGGACCAGUGGGGAUACAUCUUUCUCCCAGGUUGUCUCUUUCUAGACUCCUUAGAGACCUCCAACUUCCUGUUAAUACCUCCUUAUUGUAGGCCAGUGGUUCUCUCAUAGAACUCUGACAUUCAACAUACCAAAGAGGGGACCCUUUUCCAAAAUUAUAGAAAAUAAGUUAACAAAUGUACAUGUUUUACACGUACACUUUCCUCUUGUAAAUUUCCUGUAAGCUGUCCACAUCUGUGACAAAAGUGAAAAGCAAAUGCCUCUCGGCAUCAGCAUGCUGCAAUCACUCGUCUAUCUGUCCUUCUCCUCCACUGGACUGAGGGCAGCAUGGGGACAGAGGCUACAUCUCUCUCUGCUCCACUGUUCUCUCUCUUCUAAUUCAGUGCCCAGGCACUCUGUAGACCGCCAGUAAAAAUAUUGACUAAAUGA